CUCACCAACUUGACCCCGUGACGUCACCGCCGUCUGGCUCACCAAGGCCACUUCCAAACCCCAUUGGUCUGAAAGUCACGUGGCGGGGGCGCAACGCGUGCAUAAUUAUGUAGCUGAUAGUAUUAUUUUUUUUAACAACCUAGAGAGAGAGAGAGAGAAAAUAUGUCAGCUCCCAACUACAGUAGCACUGGCAGCAAUCGUUUUGAAAACAUUGUCUCUUGAGAUAAAUAAAUAAAUAAAUAAAUACAAUCAAAAAAUGUCCUGUCGCAGCACCUUCAGUGCCGAUUCCUUGCUUGGGUCUCCUUACCGAGGUGAGAAUUAUAUUACUAAUCCGGGUUUAUACACCGCGCAGUCGGGUUCCGAAUACAGCUGCGGGGUGAUGAGAAACCGUGCGAUUAUCCCGACUCCGCUUUCCAAACACGACGAUGUCAGCUCUGCCAGCCUGGCCAUAAACACCUACCACCCCUCUUACCUCGCUCAGCUUGAUUCCUGGGGUGACCCUAAAACUCCCAGGAUCGAGGAACCUGUUGCCAGAGCGCUACUGCCCUGCUCGUUCCCAAACAGCGUCAAAGAGGAGACUGUCUGCUGUAUAUACGGAGACAACACUGGGGCGAAGGAGCCAGCCACUUACACCCGACUGGGAGCCGCCGAGACUUGCCACGCCGACCUCGAAGUACCGGUGCCCCGGUAUUUCCGAGUCACUCAAGAUUACCACCCCGCGGAAAAGAGCCAGGGCGCCGUGCAGAACGACUUUGGAGCAAGUUUCCCUGCCACCACCGUGGCAAGCCUGCCCACCAACCACGGUGGUUCCCCGGCUGGCACCUCGGAGCACGUCACAGAAAAGGGCAAAUACCCUGUGGCAUCGGAAUUCAAGAGUGAAGACGCGGCCAGGGCUAAAAAAGUGACUGAAAUGUUGAAGGGACCAACGAGCAACUCCAGUACGGAUAACUCAGAAAGCGAAACUAAAGAAGACAAAAAAGAGGAGAGCUGUGCCGGAAGUUGGCUGACAGCUCGAAGCGGAAGAAAGAAAAGAUGCCCUUAUACCAAACACCAGACUCUGGAGCUGGAGAAAGAAUUCCUGUUUAACAUGUACCUGACUCGAGAGCGCCGCCUGGAGAUCAGCAAGAACAUUAACCUCACCGACCGGCAAGUCAAGAUCUGGUUUCAGAACAGGAGAAUGAAACUGAAAAAACUGAGCAGGGAAAGUCGCAUCGGAGAACUGUCAUCCGACCUAACCUUUACAUGAGAUGCGAAUCUGGGGAGAAAGGGAGAGGGGGAAGAG